CUUCCCCUCUUACUUUCUUCUGUCUACUUUCACCUUUCCAUACCAUCUCCUUCUCCAUUUGCCGUUAUCGCCACCUUAAGGUAGCCUAUAUAUCAUUAGUUAUCAUUCCUCUUUAGUAUAAAGUCAUUCUUUAUCAUUCAACAUGUCUGAAAUCAAACAGACCCCCGAGCCUACUGUCCCCGUCGAAAGCACUCCUGCUCCAGAGGAGCCCAAACCUGUCGAAACCGCUGAACCUCCUGCCGCUCCAGCGCCAGAGGAUGUGGCCAAGACGUCUACCAUAGUCCCCUUGGAAAAGGACACUGUUCAGCCUACCGCCACACACGCAGAAGCAGGUACCUCCCACGCUCCCGAGGAGCCCGUAGCCCCGGUCGAAGGUACUCCUGCGGAAGAGGCUCCGGCUGCCGAAGUCGCCGAGGCUGACAAGACGGUCGAAGAGACCAAAGAGGAGAAGACAACCACCAAGGAGAAAACUGAAAAGAUUAAAAUAGAAGGAAAAGGUUUCUUUGCCAGGUUCUUCGGUCACAAGUCACCCAAGAAGGAAAAGAAGAAGACGCCCAAGCACGAGAAGUCGGAUCCCAUCCCCGUAGCUACCUCCGCCGAAACUCCUGCUGCCGAAGCGCCUGCGGAAGCCGCACCUGUGGCCGCUGAGGCCGCUGCCGAAUCCACCGCGCCACCUGUCCUAGAAGCUCCUAUCGCUGAAUCCAGCACCGCCGCUGUCCCUGUUGAAGCAAAGGCUGAGGAACCAGUCAAGGAGACUGAAACCGUCGCUCCCACUGCCACCGAGGUUUCCGGUGAGACCAAGCCCACCGAGGAGACCAUUCCUGCGCCCGAGAAGGAAGGCCCGCCCAAAAUCAAAACUACUCGCCGACUGUCCGCUCGUAUCACCAAUGUCCUCAAAGGUAUCAGACGGGACAACACUCCAAAGGAGGAGAAGACCAAGGAGGAAGUCGAGCAGACCGAGGAGACGACAUCGGUUCCGGCCGAAGCUCCCAAAAUCGAGGCCCCCGCUCCCUCUGAGCCCAUCAAGAUGGAAGAGGAACCCAAAGUCGAACCGUCAUCCACAGCUCCACCAACUGCCCCAGUCGUUUCCGCUGCGGCUUAG